AUGGCCUCUUACUCAGAGCAGAUUCAAGACUUCCAGAGAGAGCUCACCUGCUCCAUCUGCAUGGAGUUCUUCACAAACCCAGUGUCCACUGAGUGUGGCCAUACUUUUUGCUAUGAUUGCUUCCUCAGGAGCUGCCAGGAAGUCUCUCCUCCUAUCUUCUGUCCAGAGUGUAGGAGUGUCAUCCAGAUGAGGGAUUUCAAAACCAACAUUCGACUUGGGAAACUAGCAACCAUUGCCCAAAAACUAAGAUCCCACCCUUCACCGUACUUUGAAGGACGUAGAAAGUGCGAGGUACAUCAGAAAGUGCAGAAGCUGUUCUGUGAGGAUGACCACCGCCCAAUCUGUGUGUCCUGUUCUCAAUCCCAGGAACACAAAGCUCAUAGACUCCGUUGCAUCGAUGAGGCUGCUGAGGACUUCAGGGAGAGGCUCAGAGAAACUGUGACUGUUUUGUGGAGGAAAACUGAGGACGUCGUUCAACUAAUGGCCAAUGAAAAGUUUAAAUUUGCCCAGGAUAUGGAAGAAGUGUUAAACAGGAAUGAAUAUGUGCUCCAAAAGGAAAUAGAAACCUUUGGUGUACAUGUGACUACUCACAUCAUCCCUGGAAUGAUGGAACGGAUUUUCAAUUUGAAAGUGGACAUCACUUUGGAUAGAAACACAGCUGAUUCAGGUCUCAUCAUAUCUGAGGAUCUGAAGAGUGUGAGAUAUGGAGGUGUCCAGGAGGAAGCACCCAACAACAGUGGGAGGUUACCAGAUUUUGCACAAGUUCUUGGUACUCAGUCUUUCAUUUCAGGGAGAUAUUACUGGGAGGUGGAGGUGCCAAAUAACACUCUCUGGUGUGUUGGCAUCUGCCCAGAAUCAAAAGAGUCUCAAGACUUCUUUGUGCUUAGGACUGUAAAGACACACAACUACUUCUUUCUUUAUGCCAUGGCCCAGCACAAUCUUUAUUCCAAAGUCCAUACAAAAUACCGCCAGGUCAAUGUGCCCAACCUAAAGGUGGGAAUUUUCCUUGACUAUGAACGUGGAGAGAUAUCAUUUUAUCAUGUGAAAAACAGGUAUCUAAUUUACACUUUCCCUGCCACUUCAUUCUCAGGACCCCUUAUGCCACUCUUCUGUCUUCCCAAGAAAAUCUCAACAGAUGAUUGCUCUCUCACAAUCUGCCCCUAA